AUGACCUCUCUCACAUCGAUCUGCGCGAAAUGGAGUCCCGAGAAGACGGAAUGCAAGAAGGAAGGGCGAGCAACCUGCAAGGGAUGCUUCCUGAUUACUUAUUGCAGCAGAGCAUGUCAAGUGGCUCACUGGUCUGAGCAUCGGAAGGACUGUAAGUCCUUCUUGAAGAAGGAAACAUGGCAUCCGGCGCGACUUCGAGAUGUUGAAAGGAGAAAAUACCUUUGGGGCACCGAUGCUGCGAUUGAUGUCUUGAAGCUUGCCUUCAAUGAAGGGGAAAGCUAUGCUAAGGACCUUCGCCUUUUGUUUGCCGCCUCAGGAGACCUCCGCAAUGUCAUCAAAACCGUCGCCGACCUGCCAACCGCCUAUAGUGGCCCCCUUGAUAUCACAAUCAAUGACCAGGUUGAAGAUGUCGUGAUCCGGAAUGUGAUAUUACUCCUUGUGGCACUUGUUGUCGAUGACCCCAAUGAAGCUAUCGACUGCAUAAUCCACCUCUGGUACUCGACACUGGUGCGGCAAUCCGACAUCCGAGUGCUCUCGGAUCGUAUUUGGCCCCUCAUUCAGGACGUCUGUCACACCACGAUCGAUCAUGAGCGAUUGGAACCCAGUGCCCAGAUGAUCCGCACAGGACAGGUUUUUGGUGCUUCAGAGAAGGACCUUCACGAUGAGCAUAUGAUCUUCCUUUCUCCGCGCCAGCGGCUUGCAUACCAUAAAUUCAGACAAGACGGCCUUCUUCUUCCAUUUGGUUACCCUCGCCACGAUUUUGUGCAGCCAAACCUGACUUUAUUCCAGUAUAGAGGAGUCUGGCCUCCGAUGGCUCGUGCGAAUCCGCUUAGUGGAUGGCCGCUGAGAGACGUCCUGGAGACACGCAGCGGGCCCGCCACGGCAGACGUUUACGGCAAGCUGUUCCGCUACCUCCACAACACGCUGGCCCCUUUUGUCGAGCGAUUGUCCAGCACAAAGAUUGUCUUCCAGUUCCAUCAGACUACUGCGGCCCAUCUUGUAGAAGGUCUCGAUAGGGGUUCCUUUGACCGAAUCGAACUCUCGAAUCUUGCAGACAACAAUCACAUGGGUGCCUAUCAUACCCUCUCGACCAUGAUCCCCUUGCUUCGGCCUCCGCAGCAGAACCCACACGCCACCCUCAUCACUCUGUUCACGACCGCCAUCAGCAGCGUCACGACCCUCGAUGAGGGGCUCACAUCCAUGUUCGCCGAUCCUCAAACCCAAGAACUCCUAAGAAGAUACAGCCCGGAGACGGAACAAUGGUCUGUUUUUGAUGCCGCAUCCCUCAGAAAGGCCUCCGCUCUCCAGCUCUUCGCGCCAGUCGACAGACUCUUCGAUAGGUAUCUGAGGACAUUUGCAGUCCUGGAUGCGGCUAGCCGGGUCGGCGCGAGGAUCAAGGAACCACACAGCAUCGUCGCGAAAUGGCCUUACCGGAUGCGGUUGCGGCCUGAUCAGGAGGGCGCGCUGCAGGAGCUGAGGCUCUGUCUGCGGGAGAUCCGAUCGAGUAGGGAGCGAUAUGUGGAGUGGAAGCGAUCGGUCUAG